GCGCCGGCCUGCUCCGAGCCCGGGAUGGCUCCUGCUCCCCGAGCCGCACAAAGAUAAUCGCUCAGGAAGUGUCUCAGCCAAUCCCCUGGCGCCGUACAUGCGGAUUUGCCGGGGCAGCCAAUCCGGGGGCGGCUUUCAUGGGGAAGACAGAUCAUCAAGCCCAAGUGCCAAGCCCUCCCUGCCCGAGUACUGAGAGCCUGUCCUCCAUGUUUUAUAAGUAUUGACAUAACACUGUGUUAACAAUGCAUCCACAGAGCUUGGCUGAAGAGGAAAUAAAGGCAGAGCAGGAGGUGGUGGAGGGGAUGGACAUCUCCACUCGAUCCAAAGAUCCUGGCUCUGCUGAACGCACAGCACAAAAACGGAAAUUUCCCAGCCCUCCACAUUCCUCCAAUGGCCACUCACCUCAAGAUGCAUCAACAAGUCCUAUAAAAAAGAAAAAGAAGCCUGGUUUAUUGAACAGUAAUAAUAAAGAGCAGUCAGAGCUAAGACAUGGUCCGUUUUACUAUAUGAAGCAGCCACUCACCACAGACCCUGUUGAUGUUGUACCACAGGAUGGACGGAAUGAUUUCUAUUGCUGGGUUUGUCAUCGGGAAGGCCAAGUCCUCUGCUGUGAGCUCUGUCCUCGGGUUUAUCAUGCUAAGUGUCUGAAACUGACAGCCGAACCAGAGGGGGAUUGGUUUUGCCCAGAAUGUGAGAAAAUCACAGUUGCAGAAUGCAUAGAAACACAGAGUAAAGCAAUGACAAUGCUCACCAUUGAACAGCUAUCAUAUCUACUGAAGUUUGCACUACAGAAAAUGAAACAGCCAGGGACAGAGCCAUUUCAAAAGCCAGUUUCACUGGAUCAACACCCAGAUUAUGCAGAAUAUAUCUUUCAUCCAAUGGACCUUUGUACAUUAGAGAAGAAUGUUAAAAAGAAAAUGUACGGUUGCACUGAAGCAUUUUUGGCUGAUGCCAAAUGGAUUUUGCACAACUGCAUUAUUUACAAUGGGGGAAAUCACAAAUUGACACAAACAGCAAAAGUCAUCAUCAAAAUCUGUGAGCAUGAGAUGAAUGAAAUUGAAGUAUGUCCGGAAUGUUAUUUAGCUGCUUGCCAAAAACGCGAGAAUUGGUUUUGUGAGCCUUGUAGCAAUCCCCACCCUUUGGUCUGGGCUAAACUCAAAGGCUUUCCAUUCUGGCCUGCUAAAGCACUGAGGGAUAAAGAUGGGCAAGUCGAUGCCCGUUUCUUUGGCCAACAUGACAGGGCCUGGGUUCCAAUAAAUAAUUGCUACCUCAUGUCUAAAGAAAUUCCUUUUUCUGUGAAAAAGACUAAAAGCAUCUUCAAUAGUGCAAUGCAAGAAAUGGAGGUUUAUGUUGAUAACAUUCGUAGAAAAUUUGGAGUAUUUAAUUAUGCACCUUUCCGGACACCAUAUACUCCCAACAAUCAAUACCAAAUGUUGUUAGACCCUGCAAACCCAGCUGCUGGAACUGCAAAGACAGACAAACAAGAGAAAAUCAAACUGAAUUUUGAUAUGACAGCAUCACCCAAGAUUCUGAUGAGCAAGUCCAUGCUGGGCAGUAGCACAGGUCGCAGGAUUUCACUGACAGAUAUGCCACGGUCACCAAUGAGUACAAACUCAUCAGUUCACACUGGGUCUGAUGUUGAACAGGAUGCAGAGAAAAAAGCAACUUCCAGUCAUUUUAGUGCCAGUGAAGAGUCCAUGGACUUCAUUGAGAAAAAUACAGCUUCUCCAGCACCAACAAGAACGGGUCAAGCAGGGAGCUUGUCAGGCAGCCCCAAACCUUUCUCUCCUCAAGCAUCAACACCAAUUUCUGCUAAGCAAGAAAGAACUUCCACUCCAGGAAGCAUUCUGAAUCUUAACCUUGAUCGUAGCAAAGCUGAGAUGGAUCUGAAGGAGCUGAGUGAGUCGGUGCAGCAGCAGAGCACCCCAGUGCAGCUCAUCUCCCCCAAGCGCCAGAUCCGCAGCAGGUUCCAGCUCAACCUCGACAAGACCAUCGAGAGCUGUAAAGCACAACUGGGAAUAAAUGAAAUAUCUGAAGCUGUUUAUACUGCAGUAGAACACAGUGACUCUGAAGAUUCUGAGAAAUCUGAUACCAGUGACAGUGAAUACAGUGAUGAGGAUCAGAAAUCAAAGAAUGAUCAAGAUGAUGGUGAGGACAAGGAAGGUGCAAGAAGUGACAAAGAAUCAUUGAGCUUGAAAAAAAAACCUAAGCCUCCAGCACAGAAUGAAGACAAGGAGGAACUUAAAAGCACAAGUCCAGAAGUGGAGAAAACAGAAGAACCACUCAAGGAAAAGGCUGUUUCAGACACUGAAAAAGAAUUUUCUGAAAAGGGAAAGAGUUUACAGCAUCCUGCAAAAGAAAAGCUGAAAGGUAAAGAUGAAACAGACUCUCCAACAGUGCAUCUAGGACUGGACUCUGAUUCUGAGAGUGAACUUGUCAUCGAUCUUGGAGAUGAUCAUUGUGCUCGUGAAGGAAGGAAAAACAAGAAAGAUUCUAAAGAACCUUCUCCUAAACAAGAUGUUGUAGGUAAAACUCCACCUUCCUCCAGUGCAAGCACCCAGCCUCUACCAGAAACUCCAGUGCUCACCCGCUCCGCAUCGCAGACCCCCCCAGCCGGCGUGACAGCAACCACCAGUGCUGCUUCCACUGUCAGUGCCCCCUCAGCUGCCACAGGAAGCCCUGUGAAAAAGCAGAGGCCUCUGCUGCCCAAGGAAACAGCCCCUGCUGUGCAGAGGGUGGUGUGGAAUUCUUCAAAUAAAUUCCAGACAUCUUCUCAGAAAUGGCACAUGCAGAAGGUACAGAGACAGCAGCAGCAGAGCCAGCAGUCUCAGUCACAGCAGCCUCAGUCCUCUCAGGGGACAAGAUACCAGACAAGACAAGCAGUUAAAGCUGUGCAGCAAAAAGAGAUCACCCAGAGCACUUCCACAUCCACUAUAACCUUGGUCACAAGCACUCAGCCCAUUUCCAUGGUUACCAGCUCUGGAUCUGCAAGCACACUUUCUUCCUCACUCAACACAGACUUGCCAAUUGCAACAGCUUCAGCUGAUGUGGCUGCAGAUAUUGCUAAAUAUACCAGCAAAAUGAUGGAUGCCAUCAAAGGAACAAUGACUGAAAUAUAUAAUGAUCUUUCAAAAAAUACUACUGGAAGUACAAUAGCUGAGAUUCGGCGUUUGAGGAUUGAGAUAGAAAAACUUCAAUGGUUACAUCAACAGGAACUUUCAGAAAUGAAACACAAUCUAGAACUGACAAUGGCUGAAAUGCGUCAGAGCCUGGAGCAGGAACGAGAUCGUUUGAUUGCUGAGGUGAAGAAGCAGCUGGAACUGGAAAAGCAACAAGCAGUAGAUGAGACCAAGAAGAAGCAAUGGUGUGCCAACUGCAAGAAAGAGGCCAUCUUUUAUUGCUGUUGGAACACCAGCUACUGUGACUACCCCUGCCAACAAGCUCAUUGGCCUGAGCAUAUGAAAUCUUGCACACAGUCAGCUACUGCGACACAGCAAGAAGCAGAUACUGAAAUUAGCACAGAAACACUAAAUAAAUCAUCCCAGCCCAGUUCAAGCGUGCAGUCUACACCCACAGAAACAGCCAGCACUCCUAAGGAAAAGGAAGGCUCAGCUGAUAAGAGCAAAGAGAGUGUUACAAUAGCAACAGGUGUGACAAGCAACCAGCCUAUAAAACUGGUCCAGGUACCGCAGACCACCACCUAUAUUCCAACUACUCAACCCACAAUUGGAAUGGAAUGAGUAGGCUUCUGGAAGGCACAGACUCAGUCACAAAGGAGCUGUAAUCCAUCUCAGCAGGGACACUCAGAGUCUUUGUGGAAUUAUCAUUAAGACACUCAUGUGGUUUCUUGAAUCGGUGUGGGGAAACAUUGGGCUUCACUGAACUUGUAUUUAUUCUUCCAUGUCCUCUCUGGAAUGUCACACUACCACUGAGGGAAGAUCUGUGCAUCCCUUUCAGGUUCCUCAAAAUCUCCCUCCCUGUUUCUUCCACAAGAUGUUGUGAACUGAAACGGAUGCGUUUGUCUGAUCACCAGUUGUGCAUCACUGGAAUUGUAUCGAAACACACUUUGCAGUUUGUAUGGUAGAGACAUUUUUAGACUUUCUCACAUUUUUGGAGGAAGGUUAAGAUACAGACUUUAGAUUCAAUAAAUCCUCUUACAGCUCUCCAGAGUGAUGUGACCUUGACCAGAUUGUUUAACAUUCUUGUGCCUUUGUCUCUGCAUCUGUAGAAUCAAUUACCACCUAUAGAGAUGUCCUGAAACUCCAUUUGUUGAGAUGUAUAAAUCAUGAUCAGUAUGAUGGAAGUGUAAAGUUUAUUCUAUAUUAAUAUUUUUACAGGGUGUGUAAGACAGUUCCCAGUAAUGCUGAUGUUUUUGCUAUUGAUUUGUGCAGAAGUUAACUUAAGUACUUUUUUUUGUUUAAAUUGAUGUUCUUUGUUCUCUUCUGUGUAGACUGAAUGCAUGGGGGAAAGUUCCUUUUGGGGAAAAAGAUUUAAGUAACGUGUAACGAGAAUAUACUUAUAAACAAGGGUAUUUUUGUACUCCAGUUUGAUUUGUCAGAACUUUUUCAAGUGAUAAAGGAUUUUCUUAGCCCUUUUUCCUCUUCCCAUGUAUUAGUUUGCAGAAAAUACGUAACUGGAUGUAACUCUGAAACCCUCACCCUCCAAGCACAGGCAGUGUGUGCAGCCCCUAUAGCACCUCCUGUCCCUGUAAUUCUAUAGCAGUGAUGAGAACACUGAGACUCUUGGCUAUAGGGAAGUAAUGCACUACUCCUCCCCUGGAAUGAGGUAAUACUGUGGUAAUAAAGGUAUUAGUUCUUGCACAAAAUUGGAACUUGUUCUGGAUUUCCCCUGGAAAACAUAUCUCUAUAUCUGUGGUCAUGUUUGUGACCUUUAACAUAACAAUCUGUUUCUCUUGGUUUUAAUCCACAGACCAUUCCUGUAGUGGUAAGUCCUUCUGCUGGGACAGUGGCAAUGAGAACUGGAGUUCAGUAUGUUCAGACCACAAUGCCAGUCCAAGUACGAAGAGUCUAACUGCUAACAAGAAGUUCAUACAAUUGUUGGAAUAAGUAAAUCUAAUAGAAAUGUGACAAAUAAACACAGUUCUUUGGAUUAACCUCAGAGGUUCAGACUUUAGCUUUGUGUACGUGUACAAAGCAUUAAUUACACUACAUUAAUGUAAAGCAUUAGUGCUGGCUUAGAAAAUUGAGGACAGGUAAGAUCCAUAUUAAAUCUAUGCUUCUUUUGUAAAUAAUGUACAAUUUGUGGAUGUCAUUAGAGUACCAUCUCCUUUUUAUAUUUGUAUUGACUUUAACUUAUAAAGAGCGUUUGAAGUUGGAAAAGGAAGGUUUAAAACAGCCUUACCACAACCUAAUGCUGAAAACUGGUCUUGGGAAACUGUGUCAAAUAAUGUAAUACAGAAUAUCCGAAGAACUUUUUCCAUUUGGAGUGAAAAAAAAAAUUCUGCACUUUGAAACUCUUGUCGAAUUUCUCUGAACAACCAAGUGAUGAAGGAUAUCUCUUCUCAGUUAACUCUAUUAGGCAAAUUAUGUGGACCGGAAAUCCAUAAAACUUUAUACUGUUUUUCAUAAUGACCAGGCUGACAACAAAUAUUAAUAUUGUUUACAGGUUAAAAUUAUUUUAAAAUUUCAUUCAAUCUAAGAUCAGAAAAUUUGCUAAGUGUGCUAGCAGCUGGUUGUAGCAGGAUUUCUGAUUACUGAUAUCAAAGAUCGAGGAAAGUAAAGUUUGUUGCUAUGCUUCACAGUUUUCUUAUUUUUAAAAAAUCCUCCCAAAGGACUUGGAACAAGAACUAGGUGUGGAGAAAAACACGAAUUGGGAAACAUGGGCAAAGGACUUUUGAUGCUGGGCCAGAGCAUGUAUUAUUUAUAUGAUGGAAUUUAUGUUUUUCUGUAAGCAUGAAGCAGUGCAGUAUGAGAGGAAGUACCCCUGGAGAUGCUGUCUGUUACACUGAGGCUGUAGUCCCAUUUUGUAUGUUGUGUAAAACGAAAGCAUUGAACAAAACAAAGGUGAUGUAUGUAUAUGAGAAAAUUAAUUGUAUGAUAUCAUUCCAGUACAUUCUGUUGUACAUUUUAGUCAUGUUGAUUUCUCCCAUUGUUUAUAUAAGAAUGCGGUUUGUACAGUCUCCAGCUAGUACCCAGAUUAGAAGGAAAAAAGUAUUAGAAGAAAAAAAAAGCGAGAACAAAAUAUUCAUUAAUUGCAGUUGUGUCAAAACUAGCCUAGCUGGCCUUAUUUGUGAAGCAUAAUUGCUUUUAGCAUAUGGAAGUAUUUUUUCACAUUUUCUUUGUAUAAAAUUUGUAUUAAACUUAAAUAUCUUUUUUGACAA